CGACGACAUUUGAUUGGUUCGACGAGUCYGAAGGAAAUCCGGUUCGUUCAGAAAAAAUAGUAGUCGCUGUGCUACGAGCUCAAAACGUUCAAAAUUGUGGUUUUCUGUGCUUUUAAGCCACGUAACUGACAUUUAGGUGAAAAAGGUCAACGACGGAAAGCUUCCGGUGACGUGUAGCCGGAGCUCUGCUUCUUCUGCACCGUGUGGCAGUAAAAAGAAGUACUUUGUGUGUACCCGGAUAUGAACCCAGUGGAUUAUUAAUACUCUGCGUCCAGGAUGUCCACGGUGUUUAGUUGAAGGUUGCGGUUCUCCAGCGAGCCCCCCCCCGCCGCCUGUCGACGGACAACCGGAGCGGAGGGGACCGUGCGUCGGGGCCUGGAGUCCGAGGAAUCCGGCGGGCGGACAGGGGUCACGCGCCGUGGAACCGGAUCCCUCCCAGGUGGCCUCCAGCGGACCAUGGCUCUGCUCUGGGUCUUGGUCCUGGGCUUGUCUUCGGGGUGGGCCGCGAGCUACAAGCCGGGGGACAACGUGACUCUUUAUGUCAACAAAGUGGGUCCUUAUCACAACCCUCAGGAGACGUAUCACUACUACACCCUGCCUGUUUGCAGACCGGACAAGGUGCACCACAAGUCCCUGAGCCUGGGGGAAGUGCUGGACGGUGACAGGAUGGCAGAGUCUUUAUAUCGGAUUCGCUUCAAGGAGGACGUGGAGAAAACAACGCUCUGCCAGCUCACUCUGUCAGAGAAACAGGUGGACGAGCUCCGUGAAGCCAUCGAGGAGCUGUACUACUUUGAAUUCGUGCUGGACGACAUUCCCAUCUGGGGGUUUGUGGGGUACAUAGAGGAGAGCGGCUUCCUGCCUCAYAGCCACAAGGUGGGUUUGUGGACACACCUGGACUUCAACAUUGAGUACAACGGCGACUCCAUCAUCUUCGCCAACGUCUCGGUAAAAGACGUCAAGCCCUUUCCGCUGGAGGAGGGGGCGGGCUCGGCGGUGGGYGGCGUGGGAGUGGGCGGGGGCAGCCUGACGGUCACCCACACCUACAGCGUGCACUGGUACAAGUCCAGCCUGACCUACAGCCGGAGAGAGGAGCGCCUCCGGGACUACUCCUUCUUCCCCAAAACGCUGGAGAUCCACUGGCUGUCCAUCAUCAACUCGCUGGUGCUGGUGGUGCUGCUGCUCGGUUUCGUCAUCAUCAUCCUCAUGCGGGUCCUGAAGAACGACUUCGCCAGGUAUAACGUGGAAGAGGAGGGCGGCUGCGACGACCUGGACCAGGGAGACAACGGCUGGAAGAUCAUACACACCGACGUGUUCAGAUUCCCUCCCUUUAAAAGCCUGCUGUGCGCCRUGCUGGGAGUCGGCGCUCAGUUCCUCACGCUCGCCACGGCCAUCAUCAUCAUGGCGCUGCUGGGAAUGUUUAACGUCCACCGCCACGGCGCCAUCAACUCUGCWGCCAUCGUCCUGUACGCCCUGACCAGCUGCGUGUCGGGCUACGUCUCCUGCAGCUUCUACACGCAGAUCAACGGYCAGCGCUGGGUGUGGAACAUCAUCCUCACAUCUUCGCUUUUCUCAGCGCCUCUCUUCAUCACGUGGAGCGUGGUGAACUCCGUCCACUGGUGGAGCGGCUCCACCCAGGCUCUGCCGGCCACCACCGUGCUCCUCCUGCUGGGCGCCUGGGUGCUGGUGGGCUUCCCCCUCACCGUCAUCGGCGGCAUCGUGGGAAAGAACCGAGCCGGCAGCUUCCAGGCGCCGUGCCGCACUCGCAACAUCCCGCGGCAGAUCCCSACGCAGCCCUGGUACAAACACACGGUGGUGCACAUGGCCAUCGGCGGCUUCCUGUCUUUCAGCGCCAUCUCCGUGGAGCUGUACUACAUCUUUGCCACGGUGUGGGGCAGGGAGCACUACACCCUGUACGGCAUCCUGCUGUGCGUCUACGCCAUCCUGCUGUCGGUGGGUGCCUGCAUCUCGGUGGCGCUGACCUACUUCCUGCUGUCGGGCGAGGACUACAGGUGGUGGUGGCGCAGCGUGCUGAGCACGGGCUCCACCGGCCUCUUCAUCUUCGUCUACUCCGUCUUCUACUACCGCAACCGCUCGUCCAUGAGCGGCGCCGUGCAGAGCACAGAGUUCUUCGGCUACUCGCUGCUGACGGCGCUCGUCUUCUCGCUGAUGCUGGGCAGCGUGUCGUUCUGGGCCUCGCUGGCGUUCAUCCGCUACAUCUACCGCAGCCUGAAGAUGGAUUAAAACACGRGCCGGGCGAGGAGUUCUGCGCGGCCUUGAACUUUAUUAUAAUAAACUGCAGCAGAAAUCCUCGGCUGACGGAGAGAACGCUGGUGAACGAGUGGACAAAUGAAGGGAUACGUUGGGGUUUCUUAUAAAUUUAGUCAAAUUAGUUAUUUUGGUGCGUUGAUUGAUUUAAAGUAAAGAUUUAGUUUCAAUCAUACGAUGCAGUUCACAGCAUCGUCUGUUACGGUAAGCGUUAAAAGUGGAGGACGGGCGGGAGUGAGUUUUAUUUUAGAGCUACAAUUCAAUAGUCUGAAACCCCUCCUACAGAGAACCACCUGUUCAGGUGUGACGUUUAUUAAAUAAAUGGUUGUUUUGCACUGAGUGUGAARCUCUCCCCGUCCCUCCGCUGGACGAGGCCUUGCAGUUUAAAGUUUUAUGUAAAACGUUGGUGACGGGAGCAAUAUCUGUGUAUUCUGCCAUCGACUGUGGUUCUGAUGUAAAUAGUCUUUUCAAUAAAGCUCUUUUUAAUAUGCAGACGCCAGGAAGAGAGCCUGAAGUGGUUGCAAUAGAUUGGUUUAUUUAGAACAGGAAGGAGAUUAAGCAGCAUCAAGUUGGCAAAUAAAACCCUUAUAUGAAAGUUAAA